AUGAGACGGUUGUUAAAAAAUAAAUUUUUGCCCGUUAAUCACAAGGAGGAUUCCUUUUUAGAGUACCAUAAUCUAAAACAUGGUUCUUUAACGGUUGAGGAAUUUAUAACGUUGUUUGAACAACAACAAUUGAGAUGUGGUAUUGAUGAGGAAGACGAGCAGAUAAUUGCAAGGUUCUUGGGGGCUCUUAGAACCGAUGUAUCUGAUGUUGUCAGCUUACAACAAUAUUGGUCGUUUUCGGAUGUUUGUCUAUUAGCACAUCGGGUUGAAAAACAAUUGGCAUUAAAAGGCAAGUUCACCACCCGAGUAUCCACCCCAAGGCCCAUCACAGCCCCUUCCAAUUCUAUUAAAACCGAGCCCAGCAAGUUACCGGCCCAACCCCUACCCGUCAUACCUUCUUCGGCCCAAAACCAAGCCCAACUUUGUUACAAGUGCCACAGGUUGGGCCACUUAAAACGGGAAUGCCCCAAUAAACAAGUUGUUGCCCUUAUUGACGAACCCAAGCCCGUUUACGAUACCGACACCGAUGACAAACCCGAACCCGAAUCCCACCUUGUCUUACCCGAUACCGGUGAGCUUUUGGUCAUCCAACGGGUCUUACAUACCACCGUCUCUGACCCCUCGGACGACACUUUGUGGCUCCGAAACACCAUUUUUCGAACAAAGUGCACAGCUAAAGGUAAAGUGUGUACUGUUAUUAUAGAUGGCGGUAGUUGCGAAAACAUUGUCUCCUCUACCAUGGUCGAAAAAUUGAGCUUACCUUUACACGAUCACCCGGAACCCUACCCGCUCACUUGGUUAAAAAAAGGUAACAUUUUGAAAGUCACACACCGUUGCCUAGUUCAGUUUUCGAUCGGUGACAAGUACGCCGAUGAGGUUUGGUGCGAAGUCCUUCCAAUGGACGCUUGUCACCUUUUAUUAGGACGACCAUGGCAAUACGAUCGAAGGGCCAAGCAUGACGGUUUUCGGAAUACUUAUUCGUUUAAAAAAGAUGGCGUGAAUAUUACACUAGCUCCUUGUGACCCUCGGACAGAUCCCGGCUCCUCCACUCUAGUGCCGAAGUCAGUUUUUGCCACGCUGCUUAAAACAGAACCACCCCAAGUUAUUUUCGGUCUCUUUCUCACCGAACCAAAUGUCGACAUCAACACCGUUCCAAAACCGGUCCAGCCACUGUUAACCGAGUACGCGGAUGUUUUCCCGGAAGAAAUACCGUCCGGUCUUCCGUUGAUGCGAGACAUUCAACAUGCCAUCGAUUUUAUUCUCGGAGCUAGUAUUCCCAACAAACCACCCUACCGUAUGAACCCCACAUAA